CUGACAUUUAUUUUUUAACCUCUUAAAAUUUAUUUUCAACAAAGAUAUUGAGUAAAAACAGCAAAAUGCGACGAAUUAUAUUAAGUUUCUUCAUAAUAUUUGUAAAUUCAGUUUCAUCAGAAUUUUCUACAGAAGAUUGCUGGUCUCUAGGAUUCCAUAAAGCGAAUUUGUUAUGCUCAUCCUGCGAUCAGCUCAACAAAUUCCAAUUAGACGAAUUAACAAAUCAUUGUAAGGAAUGUUGCCGGCCGGACGAAACUAAUUCGACUGAGAAGAUAUAUUAUAAAGCAGUUUUAGAAGUGUGUACGUGCAAGUUUGGGGCCUACCCCCAAAUUCAGGCGUUUAUCAAAAGCGAAAGGCCCGACAAAUACCCCAAUUUACAAAUUAAAUAUGUCCGAGGACUCGACCCGAUUAUUAAGCUGUAUGAUAAAGACGGGCACUUACAGGAGACUGUGGCUAUUGAAAAGUGGAACACGGACUCAGUCGAUGAGUUUUUGAGCACUCAUUUAAUAAAGAUUAAUGAUGAUGAGUAUCUACGUAGUAAUAUGGUUUAAGAUAAUAAAUAAACUUUCCUAUUAGUGUA